AAACAAAAACAAAAUAGUCGCCGUUCGUAUUAAACUCAGGGCGCGCGUCUCUCGCGACCUAAACCCGCGGCUCGCGUGAGUCGGAGCCAAAUCUAAAUAAAUAAUUAACUCGCUGCAGCCACCGGCCCCUUCCAGAGGCAGCUGGGAGGCCGUGCGGACACCACUCGCAGCGCUCCGAGUAACCAGAGCCGCGACUCAAAACAUCCUCUACGGCAUCCACGCGGCGUGUCUGUGCUUCUCUAGGUAGAUUGUAAAUGUAAUUUCAUCUUUAACACUUUUCUGUAAUACAAUAAGAGUGACUUGGGGACGCGGUUUGUCCCCGGGCCUAGUGCUGGGUGGGACCCGGACUCCCACCGAGGCCUGACGCUACACUACGUCGACUUCGACGGAAUCCCGACCACAGCCAUCGACUGUUGCGUUAUGUCGCACCUCAACAAGACGCCCGCCGACAAGGAGAGGUUCGUCUGCAUCUACCCCGCGUACCUGAACAGCAAGAAGACGAUAGCGGAAGGGAGGAGGGUACCAAAGGAUAAGGCGGUGGAGAAUCCGACCUACGUGGAGAUCAGGGAUGUCCUCGUAGCGGCGGGCAUGAACGUUGUGGUAGAGAACAAGAUGUACCCCCGCGAGUGGAACCGCGACGUGCAGUUCCGCGGACGGAUCCGCGUGCAGCUGAAGAACGAGGACGGCUCCCCAGUGCUGGAGGCCAUCCCCACUCGCCAGGCACUCUUCACCUACACGGCCGACAUGAUCCCCAAGCUGAAGGCGCGUACAACCAAGACGGGCGGCGCCGAGCCGGCCAGCCAGCCCGGCGACAGCAGCCGCAAGGGCAAGAAAAAGAAGAAGUGAUGCCGCCAACACCGUCACCGUCAUGGCUCCUCUCUCAUCCUCGACUUCAGAUUCACGAACCAGCGACACCUCUUCACCCGUCUUCUCCAUCUUCUCCGUCAUCGCGUACCACCCCGUUAACGGGCUCUACAGCGCUUGUCAGGAUAACUGUUCCACAAAUCUAAAACGUGACAGCCGCACACACUUGGGACUGUUCCUUCCCCUUGUCGGCUCAAAGUACGACCGUCUUCGAGUUCUGUGUGGGUCAGCUCAUGUGAAUUUGUACCUCUUGGCUAAAGGCCACGAUCCACUGGGGCAAUUUUAGGGCAAAUGUUGUCUACAAUGCAUUAACCAUGAACGACCAAGGCAACUUGAGUCGGCAAUGGAAUGGUGUGAGAUAGAUCGCUCUAGCCAAUCAAAGCAUAGCUUGAUUACAAGUGUGCAUGCUGAACAAUCUGGUUCAUUUACAGACUGUAAAUGAACCGGAUUACAGAUGGGGUAGGCAAUGUAGUUACUAUCUGAGGGAUGGGGUAGGCCCUAGUACAAGUCAUUAGUUGAUUGGGGAUGGGUAGGCCGAGUACUCGAUGAUUAGGUAUGGGUCAGGACUAGUUAAUAGGUUAGUCAACUUGUCAUGCCGUCAUUCCUUUAUUGAAGUCAGCCAGUCAAUACAUAACUAAACAGAAGAACAAUCGGAAGGCUUUCUCUUCCGUCUGCCCAGAUCCCACUCAUGCUGGAUUUGGAAGCUGACAUUUUUUUAAAGAUGCAUGUAGUGUGACGCCAUGAGGCAGUGCUGUGCCCUCUGCCCAUCUGAUUGGAAGUUCUUGCCCCGUUCCCACGAGGGGGCAGCUUGAAUCUGAAUUGAGUUUUCUACAAUGAGAAAUCCCACGGUGACAAUUGCCCUUGAAAUGUUCGGAGUGGGUCAUGGCCUUAAUAAGAGCUGCCAUAGAAUAAUUGCAUGUCCAUGGGUACUGCAUGGUCUGCAGUUUACCUACCACCUUGUGCUGUCUUACAAAAUAAAGUAAUGUAUGUCCUCUG